AUGGGGCACUUUUCUUUUGGAGCCAAUAUGGAUCUUUACGGCCAACUCUGCCGACUGCUGAUACGGUCUAGAGCUACAGACCAGGGGAAGGAGGAUACAGCAGCCACUGGGAGAUGCAGCCCUUCCCUGUCUGGAUCUGCUACUUCAGACACAGCAGUGCAAGAGACUGCAGUGUCAGCCAGAGAUGGCAAGCCACCUGACACACAGUCUCCUGGUCCAGGAGUCAAUAUGGGGCUUUUGGACCAUCUCUGCCAAAGACUGACUCAGACUAUUGAGGAUGGACCUUUCCAAACAGACAGGAUAAAUCUGGACUCCAGCCAGCCAGGCCCCACUGACUCUUCCGUCCCAGACACAGAGGAGCAGAAGGAGGCCCAAAAACAAGACCCGGGACCACAAACCCUGGGUGCAGGAGCGGGCAGCCACUGCAGCACUUUCUGUGCUGAGCCUCCUGAUCCAGGCACUAAGCGAAAGGCCUAUUCAUCACCCAGGGGACAGCUCGCCCCAAUCAGCGAGGAUGAGGAAAGACCAAGGAAGAUCAGAAGCCUUGCUUCCAUGAGGGACAUGGAUGAGGCUGCCCUGAGGAAGGACAUUGGCAUCCUCUUCCCAGGACUCCACUCCAUGGUGUGUCAUCUCCCCAGAGAGCACCUGGAGGAGCGGAGAGAGGCCCUGGAAUCUCUGGUCCAUCUGGCUCGCUUGUUCCUGGUGGAGCUGCUUGUGUUCCUGUUCAGAAGGCUGGACGAGGAAGAGGAAGAGCACUGUGCCAGUCUCUUCAUUCUGGACCGGAUAGUCUGAUCCAACAUUUCCGAAAUGACACACCAUACAGAGAAGCUGUUCAUAACCCUGGGGCCAAUCCUGCAGACCACAAGCCUACGGGUCAGAGAAGCCCUUGCUUAUUUUAUACAGACGAUGGGGGCGCAUGGGUUCUUGGAGAACUCUUCAUCAAGACCCUUAAUUGACUUCUUGGUGCGUCAGUGCACCCUGACCCUCGACAGCAUGGAGGAAGCAGACGGGAGGCACACCAUGGAGAUCGAGGUCCGCCAGCUCUGCUCCAGCACCCUGCAGUCCCUGGGUGACUCCCCCAGAAUGGCCAAUGUUUUGUGGCCUGGGCUACUGCUUCAACUGAGCCCAGCAGCCCACGGGCCCGCCCUGCGUCUCCUCCUGCAGACGUCGGUUAGGGUGGUAAGGAGGAUGCAGGAGGAAGGCAGCCUGCCCUUGGCCAGAAGGUUUGGCAAGGAGAACAGAGGGUGUUGGUCAAGCCCCAGGGCCACUCUACCCCAGGAGCUGCUGGCUCAGCUGUUGGUGCUCAGUGCAUCCUCAUAUAUGAUGGUGCAAGUCAGAAGGGCAACCAUGUUCCUCCUCUUCCAGCUGAUGAGCAUGUUCCAAGCUGGGUCAGGCAGAUUCUGGGUUAACUACAUGAUGGACAUGCUCCUCUACAUGGAAGAUCACAAGACCUGCUUCUGCCAGAGGGAGUGGGAGCAGCAGCUGCUGCAGGACCCACUGGUGAGAUCUGCUUUUGUGAGAAGCCUCGUGCUGGUGGGUGAAGCUCUCACCCAAGAGAGCAGGAUUCUCUUGGUGGGCCAGGACACAUACACCGUGCUGUCCCCCCUGCUGGAGAUCCUCAGAGGCAAGGACCGGGCCCAGCUGCAGAGCCCCGAUCACCAGCAUACCCUGCUGGCCAUCUCAUACUUAGGGAAAUUCGAGCCUCGCCUGUCUAAGGAACAGGAGGCUGAGACCAUCAGCACUUGCAUCGCCAGCUCCAUGAUUCAGCGCCCAGCCCUGGCGAAGCUGAGAGGGACUGAGGUGGCAGAAAGCUCCGUUAUCUGGGCAGAGUCUCUCCAACAACUGCUCUGGGAGGGCCUGGAUCGUGUGCUGCAGACUUUCCUGGAGCAGCACCUGACCCCCACCAUGCUACUGCGUCUGUUUCUGAACUUGCAGCCGUGGAUCUGCUCUCCCCGAGCCCAGGAGAGGAGCCGAGGUGUGAGAGCCAGCGCCCGUCUCUUCAUGUUCUAUAGUUUCGAAGCCAUCACCAAGGACCUGAAAUCCAUGGCAGAGCAGGGCUACGUGGCCGGGAUGCUGAUAAGCCAGGACUUCGAUGUUCAGGAGGCCACCAGAUACUUGGCAUCUCAGGCUCUCUACUGGCUCUUCAUGCCUUGCAAAGCCAUCGUGGACACCGGGACAGGGGCGGUGGCGACCAUGCUGAGCAAGAUGCAGGAGGAUGCCAGCUGCAGAGAGAGCCCUGCCCAUGUUCCUAUGCUCAUCGCGAAGCACCUGCCGUUGCGUGACCUCAUGCCCUUCAGCUUCACCCUGCUGGUGGGCCUGCUGGAGAAGGGGGAGCGUGCUGACCAGCUGGCGGGCGUCAUGGAGGCGGUGCUGAGAGAGAAAGAAUCCGAGCUACAGGGCCAAGUGCAGGAUCUGCACACGGCUCUUUCCUACACACUGUGCCCACCCCGGGGGGGGCAGCUGAGUGAAGGGACAAGAGACAUCCUACACCUACUGGCCAGAGAGCACACCAAGGCCACAGUCAGCAUCCUCCUGCAGAUGCCCUGGCCUUACGAGCGCCAGGCCAAGGCCAUCUGGAGAUUCCUAGGUGCAGACCCCACGCUGGCCAGGGGACUGCACAUCCUGCUGUACGACAGCCCGGAGAAGGGCCGGGCUAACGCUAGACAGACCCAGGACAGGAGCUGUCCCCAGCCGGCCCGGCUGCCCCCGGCGACCACACGUGGCCUGUGGGAGCUGGUCGGGGCCCUGGGUCAAGCGGACACGCUGGAGGGACUUGAGGACGACCUGUUCGCCUCUUGCUUCCUUGCCAUCGCUUGCUCCCCGGCACGGCACCUCUCGGGAGCCUAGCAGGACCUGCCCAGUGAUGCCAGUCCCCGCAGCAUGGCCGUGCAAGCCCUGGUGUGGGUGCUGCAUCUCAGGGGCAGUCAGCCGGCUGUGGCGCUAAUGGACCAGGAGCGAGGCUGGCAGCUGCUCGAGGAGGCCCAGCCCGAGGGGUUCGCUCUCCUGAGCAGGGCCAUGGUGAUCCACCCAAAGCAGGCCCUGAAGAGCAUCCCGUGGCUCCUCCUUCCCAGCCUCCAGGCCAGCCAGGAGGGCGAACGCAUGGCCUGCACUGUCCUGUUGGCAGAGUUCUUCGGCAGCCCCCUGCUGAUGGAGAAUGAGCCCAAGGCGAUGCGGAAGCAGGUUGUGAAGGCCAUGCUGCAGGACAGUAACAUCCACAUUCAAGGCAGAGCGCUGCACGGCCUCAGGAACGCAAUAACCAAGUUUCUGGACAAGGUCAGGAAGAAACGAGAGCAGAUCCUGGGGAGCUUUGUCUGUGCCGUGUGUGAAUGCUGUGACCCCCGCGCCGUUCUGGAUGCCAUGGAAGGGCUCUGCUGGAUGCUGCAGGACCCCACGGCGUCUCUGAAGGCACACGUCGCCAUCCCACUGGCCUUGCAGAUGAGAACAUUCUUUGAGGAUGAGAACAGUGGCCUGAGGUGGGCCUCCAUGGAGCUCUUUGGCCACCUCAGCAAAUUGGUUUCCAAGAAGUCGUCCCUCUUUAGGGUUGAGGUGGAGAAGAGCAUGGGGACGCUGCUCAUCCACCUGCAGGACAGGGACCCCCAGGUGGCCCAGCCCGUGGUGCUCAGGGAGGCUCACCCAGCUCCCUUCACACCCUUCCUCAGCUACCAGCCCCUGUGCAUGCUCAUGCGGAGCCAGCUGGCCGAGGGGGCGGCCCCCGCCAUCCCCACCUUCCUGAGCGAAGCCUGCAGGACCCUGCUCCAGGACUGCCCAGGGAGGCUGAGCAAGAAGGCUGCCCUGAGAGCAGCAGCUGCCCAGCAGCUGAUAGGCUACAUGAUGGACAAUUGA